CUGCUCUCCUCCCUCCCCUCUAUAGCCGCCCACGGCCAUGUCACCGGCAUCGUCGCCAACGACACCUGGUACACGGGCUGGAACGCCGAGAUGAGAUACCAAACCCCGAUCCCCGCGAUGGCCGGCUGGCCCUGCGACAACCUCGACAACGGCAUCAUCGCGCCCUCAGCCUUCACCACGGCCGACACAAUCUGCCACAAAUCUGCCACCAACGGCCAAGCUUCCAUCCCUAUCACCGCCGGCUCCACCCUCUCCUUCCAAUGGAACACCUGGCCGGCAUCCCACAAAGGGCUCGUGAUCAACUACAUCGCCGACUGCGGCGGCGACUGCACGACCGUCGACAAGACUUCCCUCAAGUUCGUGAAGCUCGCCGCCGCGGGCUGGGUCGAGGGGAAUGACCCCGGCACGUGGGCGACGGAUACGCUGAUUGCGGAUAAUGUUACCGCGAGCACGACGAUUCCGAAGGGGCUGAAGAGUGGGAGGUAUGUGGUUAGGCAUGAGGUUAUUGCGCUGCAUACGGUGGGCCAGGCGAACGUUGCGCAGGCGUAUCCGCAGUGUGUGAAUAUUGAGAGAUUUUAUACGGCGAGUGAUACGGGGAUUCUUUUUGAUGUCUAUAGUGCGUUUACGGGGUAUGUGAUUCCUGGGCCGGCGGUAGUGGCGUUGAGGAGGAGG